AUGUUGCGGAUGUCGUCUUGGGCGAACAUCUUUUGGUGGGCCUUUCUGUCAACCAUCAGCUUGGAGCCGGCGGCGGCGGCAGCUUCCCCGGAGGCGGCAGCUGACGCCGUCAGCGCCGUGCUUGCAUCAGCGCCAGCGCCCGAGGUCGCCGACUUCCUCGCAACUCUUGCCGCGGCUGCCCCGGCCUCGGCCCCGUCUGCAGCUGCGUUCCUUGGGCCGGCCGCCGAAUUAUCAACCCCUGCGCCUGCGCCCGCCCCAGGGCCCGCCGCACAGAGUGAGGCCUAUGGUACCCCCGCAAAUGCUCCGGAGCCGGCUGCUGCGGCGCAGCAGCCGCCGUUCUCACUGAAUGCAUCGCUGGCGGCUGCAAACGCGUCGGCUGCCGCGUCGGCCAUGCGCAGCUUCCAGGCAGCUGCCAGCUCGGCGGUGUCGGCUGCCACUGGCUCCGUGGGUGGGAACGGCACUGAUCUACCCAUCAUCGCCCUGCCAAACAGGCCCAAUGCAACUUCCAUGGAGGAAUCGAAUGCGAUAGGCAAGCUGGUUUCGUCGUCGAUACAGCUGGGCGCUGACCUGGCCGCCUCAGGCCACGCGGUGUCUCUGGCGGCUGACGAACGAGCGAGCUUCGCUACCAAGCUGAAGGGCGAUUUUGAGGCGCUCUCUCUGGCGAUAGCGAAUCUGCCGGUCGGGCUAAUCCCCUUCCCGGACAAGGCCAAGGCCGCCCUGCAGAAACUCAACACAGACGUUGUGCACGGAGUCACAAGCGGCAACCUUGAUGUUGCCGCCAUCGCUGCUGACAAGGACGCAGUUCAAGCGUCGCUCGCCCCCGCGUUCACCGAGGGGGCUACAAGCAGUUUUGACAAGCUGCAGCAGUGA